AUGAUCUCUGAUAACGUCCAGGACCCUGAGGCCAAGUCCGAUGAUGGCGCCACUGAUCACGCUCCCAUAUGGAAGAGUAAAAGUACCACCGCCAGAACAUCGCAUAUCACUGAGCAGCCCAUGACAUGGUCAACCUGGCAUCGGCAUAUCAAUUGGCUGAACUGCUUCUUCAUUCUUUUCGUCCCCCUUCUGGGUUGUAUUGGGGCCUACUGGACCCCUCUACAUCCACGCACAGCCCUCUUUGCGCUUGUAUUCUACUUUAAUGCAGGCCUGGGCAUCACUGCUGGAUAUCACCGAUGCUGGGCGCAUUGCUCGUAUAAAGCUACCCUCCCCUUAAAGCUUUACCUGGCCGCCGUCGGCGUCGCUGCGGGCCAGGGCUCGAUCCGCUGGUGGGCGCGUGGCCACCGAGCUCACCAUCGCUACACGGAUACAGAGAAGGACCCAUACUCAGUCCGGAAAGGAUUGUUAUACUCGCACAUCGGAUGGCUCGUUAUGAAGCAAAACUACAAGAAAGUUGGCCGCACAGAUGUCACAGAUCUCGACGCAGAUCCUGUGGUGGUCUGGCAGCACAAGCACUAUAUCAAGUCCGCCCUCUUCAUGAGUUUAAUUCUUCCUACUCUGUUGUGCGGCUUGGGAUGGGGUGAUUGGCAGGGUGGGUUGGUAUAUGCUGGGAUUCUGCGUGUUUUCUUUAUCCAACAAGCCACCUUCUGUGUUAAUUCACUGGCUCAUUGGUUGGGUGAGCAGCCAUUCGACGACCGUAAUUCCCCGCGGGAUCAUGUCAUCACAGCACUGGUGACCUUAGGUGAAGGGUAUCAUAAUUUCCAUCAUGAAUUCCCUUCCGAUUAUCGCAAUGCAAUUCAAUGGUGGCAGUAUGACCCGACCAAGUGGAUGAUCUGGAUCUGGAAACAGCUUGGGCUCGCCUACGAUCUCAAGCAAUUUCGUUACAACGAGAUUGAAAAGGGACGACUGCAGCAGCUGCAGAAGAAGGUGGACCAGAAACGCGCGACUCUAGACUGGGGCAUUCCCCUCGAACAACUUCCUGUGGUAGACUGGGAUGAGUUUGCUACUAAGUCGAGGUCGACUAACAAGGCCCUGGUGGCCAUUGGUGGCGUCAUUCAUGAUGUCUCCGACUUCAUCAAGGAGCAUCCAGGAGGCAAGGCAUUCAUCUCAUCGGCCAUCGGAAAAGACGCCACUGCUAUGUUCAACGGAGGGGUCUAUCAGCACUCCAACGCCGCCCAUAAUCUGCUAUCGACUAUGCGCGUUGGGAUCCUUCGCGGUGGAUGUGAAGUGGAGCAGUGGAAGUAUGUCACGUCUGAGGGUAAACGACCCCUGGGAAUUGACUCGGAGAAGCCGCAGAUUGAUCACGCUGGAAACCCCAGGUGA